UGGCUAACCGACUGGCGACUACGUUUGGUCAAGGAGAAGGCACGUCUGGUUGGCACAUGUGAAGAGUUACGUACCUAUCUGAAUACAAUGUGGCGUCGUUUGGACAAACCGGUCGGUGAGCAGAAAGCAUUCUUGGAGAAACACGGGGGCUACAAACCGGAGGAUCUGGACGCUCUACAAGAGGAGGUCGAUCGAUGUCAGCAACUGAAGUGGGAGAAACUGGAGACCUAUCUGAAUCGGUUGGCAACUGAGGCUAUUAAAUUGGCCAAAAGUUGUUGUGUGGAUGAUGCAAUUAUUCAACUACCGGAUGAUCAAGAUUCAAGUGAUCCGGAAGUUAUGGCGAAUCAUCUGGAAAAUGUCCUCGAUCAAUUAACAGAGACAUACUCACAGCACCGUCCGAUCUACGAUAGUAUAGCCACGUAUGAGGAAUUGUGGCAAAGUUUGCAAGAAAUCGAAGUACGACUAAAAGACCCGGCUAUUUUUAGCAAUCGAGGCGGAAUACUGCUAAAAACGGAAAAGGAGAAAAAACGUCUGGUGAAAGAAGUUCAACGAGCGGAACAGGAUGUGUUGAACACAAUUGAACAAUAUGAAGCAAAAAAUAACACCAAAUUCCUCCUAUCUGGUGGUCGAACAUUCAAACAGUAUGCGACCGAUCGUUGGUCCUACAACAAACCCUCUCGUGAGACGUCGCGCGCGAGGAGAUCCAUAUUUGACACAGCCAACACACGACCGAACUCGGCGACCGUGUCCAAUCCGCCAGGUGCCCCCACGUGA